AUGAUAAAUCUGAAGAACCUAGAUUUCCACUUGGAAAAUUUAUGCGAGUCUAACAGAUGUUUCAAUGAUGAAGAAAAACUGGGGCUCUUAUAUGGCAUGACAAAUUUAGAAGAUAAAAUAAAUAAGGAAAUUUAUUUAUGGGGGAAAAUAGAGGGCAUACAAAAUGAUUAUUAUAUAACGUACUAUUUUAACCAAGAAAAGUUUUUUCCACAAAAAAAAUUUUAUUAUUGUAAUAACGAUUACGAAUUUCAUGAAGUAAUAAAGGGAAAUGAUAUUCUUAUAGAAAAAAUAGAAAAGAAAAAGCCAUUUACUUUGUUUAACGGGUUACCAAAUAGUUUCUAUUCUAAAAGUUGUAAAUCAAAAACGGGAAAAAGAAAAAAUUAUAUACAUGAUGAAAAUGAAAAAAAUGAAGAUGAUGACAGCGAGAUGGAAGAGAGUGAAAAAUAUAGUAGUGAUAACCAGCAAAGCGAAGAUGAAAAAGUCGAAAGCGAAAAUAGUGGAAGUGGAAACAGUAGUAGAGAAAAUAGCGAAAGUGAAAAAAGUAAAAGCGAAAAACAUGAAAGUGAUAGUUCUGAAAACAAGCCAAGCGAAUAUGGGAAAAUUCAAUAUGAGAAGAAAAAAAAUAAGAGAGAUAAAAAAAAAAAUCAUGACAAGCUAACAGAUAUUACAGAAGUUGAAAGACUGUCCUAUGUUAUUAGAAAAAUAGAUGAAGAUGCAUUUAUAGUACCUCACAAUUCAGUUAAAAUAACUAAUAAUCUAGAAAUGAAAUUUUCCAAUUUUACUGGACUAAACAUUUUAGAUGCAUUAAAAUUAACGUCAUGGGUUCAUUUUAGAUAUCCUAAAAAUCUAACAUAUGAUAAAAUUAAGAAUUAUAAUACUUUUUUUUUAGAUAACUUUUUAGAUUCUAUAAAUUCUGAUAUUCCAACUAAUAUAUGGAAUAUAAAAAUUAAUAAAGAAUUAAGUAAAAUAUCUAUCAUCAAUUGUCUAUAUCCUGGUUACGUAUUUUAUCAUAUGCUUAAUACCCCAUUUUAUGCUUCCAUAUAUAUAGGAAAUGGAAUAUCAAAUUAUGAUCUACCCUUUUUGCUACCUUAA